AUGUCAGACCUAGCCAGCAGAACCUACAUACGGUGGGACGCCGAAGGCGUCGAAGUCGUCCCUCCAAACGAAGCCCAAGACAUCCAAGCCACAGCAGACAUGAUCAAUGAAUCCCAGCGCUCUCAGUGGGACCACACCAGACACUGUUUUGGCGGCACUCACGCCCGAACCCAAGGUAUAGUCAAAGGCAAGCUCAUCGUCCCAGACGACCUACCCAAACAUCUCAAGCAGACCGAACUCUUCGAAAAAGGCGGCGAGUACCCGGUAGCCUGCCGCUACAGCUCCGAGCCGGGCGACCCAGGCCUCGAUGCAAUCUUCAACGUGGAAGGCGAGAUGUUUGAAGCCGGCGCCGGGAUCCCAACGCAAGACAUCGAGUUCAACAGCACGGCGGCGAUCGAGCUGGCCGAUGCCAAAACGACGCGCGAGAUCCUAGAGCUGCGCACCAAGUACGGCGGCAACAAGGCCGCGCUCGACAAGCACCUGGAGCAGCGCCCCGACGCCGCGCUGCAGAAAGCGCGCGACCAGGUGCCGAACACGCACCUCGUGGCCACGCGCCUGUACUCGCAGACCGCGUUCCGCUUCGGCGACUACGUCGUCAAGUACUGUCUCAUCUCGUCGAGCGAGACGCAGCGGAAGCUCGCUGACGAGACUGUCAAGCCCGACCAUGGCUCCGACGUCUUGCACCGCUGGCUGCAGAACUACUACUGCGAGCACGACGCCGAGUAUCUGUUUCAGGUGCAGUUGUUAGAGAAUCUGGAAGACCAGCCCGUCGAGUAUGCGGGCACGGCGUGGGACGAGGAGAAGUAUCCCUGGCAGACUGUCGCGAGGCUGGUUAUUCCGAUGCAGAAUAGCUUUGAUUAUGAGCGCAAGACGUUUUGGGAGGACCAUUUGAGGAUGGAUCCGUGGCAUGGGUUGGUGAGCUUGCGGCCGUUGGGCAGUUCGAAUCGGGUGAGGAGAGGUGUCUACCCAGCAAGCAGUGUGCUGAGGCGCCAUAUGAAUGGACGGAAGGAGGUCAACGUCAAGAGCAUUGAUGAAAUCCCGAACUGA